GGUGUCUAAAGUGUCAAGUAAAGUAUGGCCACCGAAAUAGAUUACGGCAACCCGUUUGACUGUGUUGAAGUUUCCCGGGCGAGAUAUAAGCAGCUAAGAGACCGUCAAUUGAGGCGACGUCGGGUCAUUUUACGACAUCUUCUGAGGAACAGUUCAUUCUCAUUGAGGUUAGAGAACAGCAAUCAACUCAGUCUUACUCUGUCAGAUUUACUUGGCUACCGCAAACCUUCCUACCUACAGUUUGACGAAGACGUUUGUAGGAAGCGGGCGAUUCUACCAAUUAUUUCUCGUUUAAAAUGCCCAGCGCUUAGUCUUAAGCUUCGUCGUGCAAUACAGUCUUUUCUAGGAGAAUCCGGCACAUUAAAUCAAGAUAAUAAACAAAUCAUACAACAGUGGGAUAAAUUCAGCCUUGAAGUUGUUGGCGACAAAUUAAGACAAACACUGGCAUCUUGUAUAUCAACAAAUACAAGCAGUAAUAUAGGAGAUAAAGCUUCAAAUGACGACAAUGUUGUUGGUAAAACAGGAGAUUCUAAUUGUGAUUUGGUCGUCAGAACAUUUACUGGUUCAGCUGCUUUUCUUAAAGGAACUCAAAGUGCUAAUCCACAUAAUGAUUACUGUCAACAUUUUGUGGAUACUGGUGAACGACCACAAAAUUUUAUACGUGAUACUGGUCUGAGAAAUCGAUUUGAAGAAUAUCCUAAAUUACGUGAGUUAAUUCGAUUAAAAGAUCAGUACAUUCAGUCAAAGGCUACACCUCCUAUGUAUUUGUGCGCUGACUUACGAACAUUUGAUUUAAAUGAGUUAGACUCAAAAUUCGAUGUUAUUCUGAUUGAACCUCCUUUAGAAGAGUAUCAUCGAAUGAAUGGUGCUGUAUUUGAUCAAUAUUGGAGUUGGGAUGAGAUUGAACGUUUAGAAAUUGAACAAAUCGCUGCUCCACGUGCAUUUGUUUGGAUAUGGUGUGGGUCAGGUGAAGGUUUGGAUGCUGCUCGAAAAUGCUUACGUAAAUGGGGUUUUCGUCGUUGUGAAGAUAUAUGUUGGAUCAAAACAAAUAUCAAUAAUCCAGGACAUGAAGCUCUUGAACCGAAUUGUGUUUUUCAACGUACUAAAGAACAUUGCUUAAUGGGUAUACACGGAACUGUUAGACGUUCCACUGAUGGAGAUUUUAUUCAUGCUAAUAUUGACAUUGAUCUGAUCAUUGAAGAAGCUCCUCCACAAGGCAGUUAUGCUGCCAAAGAUAAACCAACCGAAAUUUUUCACAUUAUUGAACAUUUUUGUCUUGGAAGACGAAGAUUACAUUUAUUCGGUAGAGAUAGUACAUUAAGACCCGGUUGGGUGACUGUAGGUAAUGAACUAUCUGCAUCGAAUUAUGACCCGCGUAUAUAUGCUAAUAAUUUUAAUAAAGACCCUAAUGGAUUGUUGCUGGGAACAACUGAAGAAAUUGAGCGAUUACGACCGAAAUCUCCACCACCACGUCAUACAAACCCGAAUACUGCAACAGGGGCUCCCAACACAAUUUCUUCGCUUUCAGAAGUUAUACCUGGUCCUGUUUGUCCUAAUCCUGCUUUGCCUACUGGACAUAUACCUCAUUCAAUAGCUUCGACAUGUUCUGUUAGUAAUUCUGUUGUAUCGAAUAUCACUUCCAUUCCUGGCAUUUCUGGCCACCCUUUACGAAGAUUUAAUGCUACAAAUGUAAUUAAACCUCUCAAUUCUAUUGGGUCAUUAACUAAUUCUUCACUUUUGGGCUUACCAUCAGUUUUACAAAGUGUAACUAAUCGAAUUGGUCCCAAUACGAGGCUUAACACGCGUACACCGAAUAAUGCAUUGUCAACUUCUAAUUCUCCACGAGCACUUGCUGCAUUACAGGUUGCUGCAGCUGCUCAUCAAAGCUCUAUUCAUCAUUCACAUGAUUCUCCUCUAUGGUCAACUCCAAAUAAUUUCGCCGUUGCGUUAGCUGCUGCAGCAGCAACUCAUAAUUUACCUCUUGCCUCAGCAUUGAAUUCCUUAAAUUCAAGGACUCCUAUUUCUGAUUCACAUUUACUUCCUGGACUUACCAACGCUAAUAAACUGAAUCCAACUCUGUUAGCAAUGUUAAAUUCUUCAAAUCCCGUUGGACCAGUAGGUCUAUCAUUACUGAGUAGUAUUAUUCGAAGUAAUGUUUCUGGAAAGCAUCCUAAUAAUCCAUGGCAUUGA